ACAAACAAGGAAUAUGCCUGUCUUGGACUGAAGAAGAUGUAUCCAUUUUUCUCCACAGGAUUAAUCAUGAAAGACUUGCUGAACAUUCCACUUGUACAAAUCUUUGCUCUGGCGGCCUUCAGCCUGGCUGAGAAACUCCCAAAAGCACCCGUUAUUACUACCCCUUUGGAAACAGUGGAUGCCCUAGUUGAGGACGUGGCCACUUUUGUGUGUGUAGUAGAAUCUAAUCCCCAGGCAGAGAUUACCUGGACACGCAAUAACAUUCCUAUCAGGCUCUUUGACACACGAUACAGCAUACGAGAACACGGGCAGCUCCUAACCAUUCUAAGUGUGGAGGACAGUGACGAUGGGGUGUACUGCUGCACAGCCAACAAUGGUGUAGGAGUCCCAGCAGAAAGUUGUGGGGCGUUACAGGUGAAAAUGAAACCCAAAAUAACCCGUCCUCCUUCAAAUGUGAAAAUAAUAGAAGGAUUAAAAGCCGUUUUCCCAUGCACCACAAUGGGGAAUCCCAAGCCUUCAGUGUCAUGGAUCAAAGGAGAGAAUGCCAUAAAGGAAAAUGCUCGCAUUGCUGUUCUUGAAUCGGGCAGCUUAAGGAUCCAUAAUGUUCAAAGAGAAGACGCUGGUCACUAUCGAUGUGUAGCAAAGAACAGUCUUGGGACAGCCUAUUCAAAACCUGCAAUUCUGGAAGUGGAAGUUUUUGCCCGAAUCUUGAAAGCUCCAGAAUCCUACAAUGUCAGCUUUGGCUCUGUGGUAAUGCUGCGAUGUGCAGCAACAGGCAUUCCAACUCCUACUGUAACGUGGCUUGAAAAUGGAAAAGCUGUCUCAGCAGGAUCCAUUGUAGAAACAGUAAAAGAUAGAGUGAUUGACUCUAGGCUUCAGGUUUAUGUCACCCGGCCUGGUUUGUUCACCUGCAUAGCUACCAACAAGCACAGUGAGACUUAUGGCACUGCAAAAGCUGCAGCUACUAUCAAUGUGUCAGAGUGGAGCAGACUCUACAAGGGUAAUGCAGGUUACUGUAGUACAUACCGAGGAGAGGUGUGUAAUGCUCUCUUGGCAAAAGAGGCACUGGUUUUCUUCAAUGCCUCUUAUGGAGACCCAGAGGAGACCCAAGAGCUGCUUGUCCGCGCAGCAUGGGCUGAACUGAAAACAGUGAGUCCUUUUUGUCGUCCAGCUGCUGAGUCACUGCUGUGCCACUACAUCUUUCAAGAGUGCAAUCCCUCCAGGACUGGACCUGCUCCAAAACUUGUCUGUAGAGAGCAUUGCCUUGCUGUAAAGGAUCUCUACUGCUUUAAGGAAUGGCUUUCCAUGGAAGAAAAUGCCCGCAAAGGGAUCUACAAACCAGUGCUGAUGUUACUUACCCUGCCAGAGUGCAACAAACAUCCCAGCAUGCACCAGGAUCCCAAGGCCUGUAUAAAGAUUCCACAUUUUGAUCUUAAAAAGGAAGAUAUAACAACAACAUGUUAUAAAGGCAAUGGGUUAAGCUACCAAGGUUCUGUCAAUGUCACAGCCUCUGGCAUUCCUUGUCAGAAAUGGAGUGACCAGGCACCCCAUUCACACAGAAGAACCCCUCAGGUUUUCCCAGAGCUCUCCAAUGCAGAAAACUAUUGUCGAAAUCCAGGAGGUGAAAAUGCACAACCUUGGUGUUAUACAAAGGACUCCUCUGUAAAAUGGGACUACUGUAAUGUGCCUCGGUGUGGAGAUGCAUCGUUGUCACAAGGAACUCCAAAGCCAAGUGAAGCGACUCCACAUUUCCCUUCCUCCUCUUUCUCACCAACAUACUCCAUGACAGUCAUCAUUUCCAUUAUCUCCAGCUUUGCAAUGAUUUUCAUUCUUGUUAUCCUUGCUCUUAUUUGCUGCCGGAGACGCAAGCAAUGGAAAAACAAAAGGAGAGAGUCAACACCACCACCUCUGACAACACUUCCAUCUGAGCUCUUAUUGGACAGAUUGCACCCAAAUCCCAUGUACCAGCGCAUGCCUCUACUCUUGAAUCCAAAGUUAUUCAGUCUGGAGUAUCCCCGAAACAAUAUUGAAUAUGUAAGAGAUAUUGGAGAAGGAGCUUUUGGCCGGGUCUUUCAAGCGAGGGCACCUGGACUGCUUCCAUACGAGCCAUUCACAAUGGUGGCAGUGAAGAUGCUGAAAGAAGAAGCUUCCGCGGAUAUGCAGGCUGAUUUUCAGAGGGAGGCAGCCCUCAUGGCCGAAUUUGAUAAUCCAAACAUUGUCAAACUUUUGGGGGUAUGCGCUGUUGGAAAGCCAAUGUGCCUGCUUUUUGAAUACAUGGCCUUCGGGGACCUCAAUGAAUACCUGCGCAAUAGAUCUCCACGCAACCUCUGCAGCCUGAGCAACAAUCACCUUGACAUAAGGAUCAGGCCCUCCAGUCCUAACUUGCUUGCUCUCUCUUGCACCGACCAGCUCUGUAUUGCCAAACAAGUGGCCGCCGGCAUGGCCUACCUCUCAGAACGCAAGUUUGUGCACCGGGAUUUGGCCACCAGGAACUGUCUAGUGGGAGAGAACAUGGUGGUUAAAAUUGCUGACUUUGGUCUUUCCAGAAAUAUGUACUCAGCAGACUAUUACAAAGCAAAUGAAAACGAUGCCAUUCCCAUCCGAUGGAUGCCACCCGAGUCCAUCUUCUACAACCGUUACACCACCGAGUCUGACGUGUGGGCCUAUGGUGUGGUCCUGUGGGAGAUCUUUGCCUUUGGCAUGCAGCCAUAUUAUGGAAUGGCUCAUGAAGUCGUCAUCUACUACGUGAGGGAUGGCAACGUCCUGUCUUGCCCGGACAACUGCCCUCUGGAGCUCUACAACCUCAUGCGCCUUUGUUGGAGCAAGCUGCCUUCUGACAGGCCCAGCUUUGCAAGUAUCCAUCGUAUCCUGGAACGCAUGUAUGAGAGAGCGGUGGCUGCUGAGCAUGCCUGAGGAUGCACCUCAGGAGGACAGCAUUUUAUGACCUCUUCCUGGAAUGACUAAGCUUGGAUGAAAGGUAGAGCUGGCACCUGGUACGUCAGUGUAUAUGUAACUGGUCCAGCCUAGUCCUGUAGCUCUUUUUCAGGCAACGCUCCCAGUAGAAAGUUGGAACAAUUGAGCAUUUUUGCCUGAGCAAGGACCACAGGAUCAGCUUGAGUCAUGACUGCAGUUUUAAAAGAACCUCACUCUCAAAAUGUCACAUUAAUUUGUUUUAGUUUAUGAAAACAUGUUUAUCCCAGCUGUUCUUCCAAAAAUAUCCAUGAAAACGUUCAGCUGUAGUGGCUGACAUCCUGACUAAGGCAGCGGCAGUGCGCCAAGGAGACAUGCCAUACUGUGGAAAGCAGGGUGUGGAGGCUUCCAGAGCUCUGGAGGUGAUGGUUUGACUAUCUCUGUUUCCCCAGAAGUACCCUGUGCCUUCUGAAGACAUGUCGCUGUGGGCUUCAGGGCACUUCCAGGGGAAGCAGAGAUCAGCAAAGAUCCCCCUCUGCACUGCCAAAUUAAGAAAGCUCUCCAUCCCACCCGCUAUACUCAAUUCAUAAUUGCUGACCUAUAUUUGAAUUUUCCUGUUUGUGGAAUACUGCUUAUGGGCUCAUUCAGACAACCAGUUCCAUCCAACCCCACAGUGCAUUUUUACUUUUGCAGGAGUGGAAAUCAAAUGUACCUAUGUUCUUUUAAAGGGUGCAUCAAGCAGUAGUCUCUGUAGCAACCACGCUUUAGACAAGCUGUAUUGUCACUGUUCUUCCAAGGCAUGGUGGUUGCAGGGUCAGAUGCUGAUUGGAUCCCUUCAGAUAACCUUAGUUGCUUAUCUAGAAGUGCCCAGCGAGUUGAUGGACUUGACAACUGCAAAUGCCAAUGGUUGGGGGAAAUGGUUAUUUUGAAAACAUUAAUGACAGUUACGUUUGAGUAAACACACUUCCAGCCAAGAGGAACUUUCUGCGGUUGUCUUCUCUUCCCUUUUAGACCUAUACACUUACAACUCUGAAGAAAAACCAACAUUUCUAGUGGCCUGGUUCAGACGUAACAGGAAGCCAGAAGUCCCUUCACCUCUGGUUUCCUAACCUGAACGUCCAAAUUUGAGGAAAUGGAGUUUGUGGGGGAAAGUGAUCUGCGGUUUCCCUCACCAAACUCCACUCUGAACCUUUGAUCAGAGUGGAGUUCCACUGCCACAGACUCCAUUCCUGCAAUGCCAGAAUUAUAUCGGAACGCUGGCACUGUAGUUUGGGUCCCAUGGAACCGGAGUUAAGGGAGGAAGCUCCUCCCGCACUCCAGCCUGAUUGGAUGUGUGGGCUGUCCUUUAGGAAAGAAGGGAGCCUGCACAGCCAGCUUCUCUGCAGUCUCGCUGAGAUACUGCAGAGAGGCAGCUCUCCCCAACGUCCAAAUGCAGAGAGGAGAGCAGGGUGGGGGGAGUGCACAACUGGACCCGCAGUUCCAUGUGACAUCUGAACCGGGCCAGUAUAUCAACAAAAACAAAUCCAGUUUCUACCUAUUAUUAACCAGUCCCGCAUCUCUUCUUGUUUGAGCUCAUGGGCAGAUAUUACAUGCCAUUGUUGAUGUCUGUUACUCAUUAAGGAAAUGGAUUGACGAAGUGGUCAUAAGAACCCUUUUCACUGCACUUUCCUUGUCAAAGUCUUCUCUCAUGUACCAUAUAUCUCCCUCAGUUUCUUUCAGUGGGGAUGUUCUGGCACAAUUGAGAGGAAAACUUGACUUUUUGUUGCCCAGCAUUCCAGUCUUUGCAUUAUUAGUGUGAAGCAGAGUGACAUUUGUAUCGUGCUUAGUGGUAAUUCUUUUUCAAAACGUAGGAGAAUAGUGUAGCCCUUGUUUGACAGAGGAAAAAGGCCUUGUUAGACAUAAUUUAAUGGUGAUUCACACUCCAUAAAGACAGAUGGCUCAAGGCCUAUAAUAGAUGACAAACAGAAAUGGUACAGUAUUAUACAUGUCCUAAGAAAAUGGUAAGGGGAUUCACAUGCGCAGCCUAACCCAGGCAAGGGCAGCCCUGCUUGGGUUAGGCUGCACGUGUGACGCGCUGGGAGCGAAGCCACUCCUGGUGCUGCCCCCCACCAUGCUAAGCCCAACUCUUAAACCCCAUGUUUUGGGUUUAAACCCCAUGUUUAAACCCAAUCUGGGCAAUUGCCGCUGGGUUAAACAGCUUCUUCCCAGCCCGCCACCAUUUCCAGCAGCAAGCUGGGGGGAGAAGCAGCCAGCCAUUCCCAGUGCGGUGGUUGCUCUAAGGAGAGCUGCUCUAACUAUCCCAGGGCAUCCUGGGAUGCAGGGAGGGGAACGUCCUCCCUUCACCACGCUGCUGCUUGUGUGGGGGCACGGCACGGCAAAGGGGAUGACGAUGACGCUUGUCUGUGGGGGAAGGCCUGGGGAGUGUGUGGCUGAAGUCGAGUGCACAACCUCUGUAUGUUUCUUUUCUACAUCAUGUCCCCUAAAUAGUCUCUUGUGUAGGGGUAUACUUUUUAGCUUGUACAGAAGUUGUAGCCUUCCACAUCCCCCUGGGGCUUAACACACUAGAUGAAAAUGCAUGUAACAUGUAGUUAAGCCCUUGGAUAUUAGUCAACUAGUUAACUUAAUUAUGUUGGACCUUAUGCCCACAUAGGGCUCUCCAGGUGAUGGUAAUUGCUGGAGGAAAUGUCCUAUGUGCACAUAGAGCUCUCGCCAGCUCCCAGCCGGUGCCCUCAACAUUGCUCACCCCUCAGCAAUGCCCCCAAUUUUAAAGAGGUCAUAGAAGCUGCUGCAGGUCUCACAGGAGAAGAAGGCCCCCCCCCCCACUUCUGCAAUGGAAGAACCACAGCUGACUUGUGAGGGCUCAGCCACUAGCCUCACUGUCUCAUCACUCCACACGCUCCUAGGCAAGGCCAUGCACGGCCAGCCAUCACCCCCGAAGCAUCUGACUCCCAACAGCUGCAUCUAUUUUUUUCUUGUUAACACAUGUCUUAGCUUGUUUUGAUAUAAGUUGAAACUCUGAGCAUGUUCCAUGCCAUUUCCCCACUGAACUUGAGUAAUUUCUCCAUAUAUGUAUACAUAUCCUCAGUCAAAUAUGUUUAGCCCCUCUUCAUACAUCACAUGAGAUUACUGCUAUGGUUAAUCAAUAAUGUUGUAGGAUUUUGAGCUGAAGUAUUAGAGCCACUGUACCAGAGCAACCCCAGAGAGCAGGAACUGUGGAGGCUGUGCUUGGAUUUAAAUAGUGAGUGGGCGUUCUAACUAGACCCCCAGGAGGUGGUACGUAGGCAAGUCUCAUGGUGAAAAAUAACUACCACCACUGCUGGAGUGAAAUGAGCAUAUUUAGCACAAAUCAAAGUGACUAACGGUGACAAAAUGGGUAACAACUAGAAAGCAUUGCCUGGAAGUGUCAUUAUUUCAUUGCAUUUUAAUAUGGAUACGAAAGAUCUCAUGAAUUUCAAACUCAGCUGAGACAGAAACAUUUCAUUUUGAUGUGUAAAAGACAUCAGAAGUUUCAAAAAACCAGAUUCAAAGUCAAAGACAAACUUCAGUUAGUCCUUUCCUGUGACUUUCAUAGGCUUUGGGAAAGCUAGAAAGAUACAAGCAUUCCUCUUUUCAAUGGUUUUGCCUGCCACUGAGGAGAUGCCAUAUGAAGCUGUAAUUUUGUCAACCAAAGGAUAUAACCAUCCAUUUGUCUAUUUCAUAUUUUUUUCCAGGUGUUUCAUAAAUAUAUACCAAUAAACUUUAUUUUACA